AUGGACCUAGAUAUCCUACAACGUGUGACUUUCUUCUGUGCACUCUGGACACUACAGUGCUGUGCCGGCGUCCUAGGGACUAUCUCACGAGAUGCUAUCUUUCUAAGAUCCUACGCAGCCUCUAGCGUGGCUAUGCUUACGCUAACACUGUCUCUGACUACGGCCUACGGUCUGACAAUUGCAACGCAUUUCGUGGACAAAUUAAUCGCCCGUCGUGUUGGUCUGAACGUCGUCUACGCACUAAGUCCCUUCGUCCUAGGUUCUGUCCUAUUGAUCCUAACCCUUUUAUCCCUUACAGGUCCCUUCUUAUCUCCUGUGACAUGUGUCCUACUCUAUCUAUGGCUUGAAAUCUCAACCCAAUGGCUAACGCAACAAUUUUGGGAUUUAUGUGCCAAGGCGUUUGAUGUCGCCCAAUCUAAAAAGUAUUUUGGGCUCAUCACGUUUGGCUCAACAUGUGGCAGUCUACUAGCAAGUUUCCUGGUCCUGCCUAUUCUUCAAGCUCAAGAAUUGUCUACGGAGUUUAAUCUACUGAUCUCAAGUGGAAUUUUGUUCUUCAUGGGUGGCAUUCUAUUGAUUUCAACAGAGUUUUUCAUACGGACGACUCUAGAUCAAAACGUCAGUGCAGGAAUCAAGAGACAACAGAGCAAGAUGGAAUCAAAUGCGACGGAUUCGUUCUCGAUCACAGCUAUUGUCCGAGAUAUUCAGACCAGGACGUAUUUACAACAUAUUUGCUUCUUUGACAUGUUGGCUACGGUCAUGCGUGUACUGGUUGAUAAUACGACGCUAUCUGUAGUGUCCCUACAACCCGAAGAAGAAGAAGUACAAGCGUCAUUGGCAAUGAUCAAUGGACUCCAGAGUUUUCUCAUGAUUCCAAUGCAAUUAUUAUCAGGGUCUUUUUUCACACACUUUGGCGUCAUGUAUGGCAUUGCAAUGCUUCCCGUGACGAUCUUUUUGUUUGGAGCGUCGACUUACUUUUCGACUUCUGUCUACACGUUGAUUUUCACACGAGCACUUUAUAAUGCAGUCUCACAGGCAAUUUUUAAUCCAGCUAGACAAUUAUUGUGGCUACCGUACAACGAAAAUGAGCGGAGCCGGUUUCAGAACUUUGUAUCUGGCCCAUUCCGCUCGGUGUCUCGGAUUUUUGGAGCAAUGCUUUCAAUCUUUCUCACAGCGCCUUUAGUAUCCCAGUUCAUAGGAUCGUCCUCGUCAAGUAUGAUAAUGAUUGCAGCGUCCACCGCGUGGUUCAUUGAUGCACUGGCUGCCAGGAAAUCGUAUGCGUCCGAGUUCUACGCUUCAUUACGACAGGGAUAUUUAAACUUGACUUCGCCUCUUGUUGACUUUACACCGGACCAGAUUCAGUUAGUGAAGGAGACAUUGGUGAACGGAGAACAAAAUCAAGCCAACUUUGUUUUGAGUUCGUUGUCCCACGUGCAUAUUGGCUUUUUUUCUCAGGAACUUCGAGCGUUAUUUUACAAAAACAAUCGAGAUGGUGUACCUCUCACGCCGAUGCACACUAAACUGCGUAUAUUGAACCUUCAUACAGCAGCAAAGCGCGAGUUUGUGCUCCAUGCACAAGAGUCGUAUUUGCUUCCAGACGCAAGCACAUUUCCUCCUGGGAUUUUUGAUACGAUGGACCUCAUGAUGCUCGUAAAGGACAAAUCUGUUGCAGUGCCACGCCAACUACGUCUUGCGGCAAUUUUGGCAUGCGGCUAUGAAAAACUCGACAUGAACGUGGGUCAGUGUGCAGACAUGCUUCAUAAGCUUCUACGUAGUGGCAACGAGGACAAAUAUGUCGUCGUAUGCUCCGCGGUGGCUUUGCUGCGUCUAUCGGACUGGAUGGAUGAAAAAGCGAAUAUUAUCCUUCAGCGACUGCUUCACGAAGAAAAGGUUCUGGAGGCUCGCGUGAUUGGCUUAAAAAUUGUCGGAAAAGAGCUGCCAGAGCUGCUGGGUGAUGGCUUUCUAGUGUACUUACUUCAUCACUCAUCGACUCAAAUUGUCCAGGCAGCCGUGGAGUGUUGUUCAAAUAGCGCUCGUAACUCCAGAAUUCUUGUUCCGGCACUGAUAAAGCACCUUUCAAAUUCAGUAAUACGCUCUCAAAUUGUAGCAGCGUUAAACAAGUUUGAGCCAGCUGCGCUCUGGAGACCGCUUUGCCAAUAUACGGAAGAGAUUCUCCAACAAUGCACUCAAACCGUAGGCAAUUAUGGGUCAGCUUCAGGUCGGAUCCAUAGCAAAAGAGAUGGACUGACAGGUGCACUCGAAGUGCUCGACGUUGGUGAUUUUCCGUUUGAAGACAAACUCGAUUUCCUGUUGCAUUUGGUUGAAACACUUUUUGUGCCAUCAAAAUCACCGGAAGAGAAAGCUCAGAACGCGGACGUUUUGCAUCAUUUAUUUGGAAAAGAUGUGAUUCUAGAAGAGCUGGUUGUGGACGCACUGCUAUUGUUGGUUGGAUCGAUAGACGAAAAGACGAUGAAUGCUUUUUUGCAGUUGAUGGAUCCUAUUCACCAUGCGCUCAGUGUCAAGCUUCGCGAGGCACACGAAAUGCGUCAUGUUCUCGAACUCUUUUUCCAGAUUUGCCCACGCACAGUAACAAACAUUGAGGAAACGUUUCCUUUGCUACUACAGCAUGUGGAAUAUAGUCUGAAGGGCACGCUUCGGCUGUUACUCAAAUUGCUUUCGACAGGAUUCCCAGAGGAAUUUGAUGUUGCUGUGAUUCUUGAAGGCUUGCAAUCUGACCUGAAUGAAGUGCACUCCGCGAUUCAGGAGGUGCUGGAAAGCUUGCUUCCUUCGCCCUACAAAGCAUUGGUGUUACCACUGCUAUUUCCGAAAUUAUCUACAACAAAAGCAGCGUCAAAGAUGUCGCAAGACGCUGUCAAGUUCUUCGGUGGAAAAGAUGGAGUCGACAUAUUACUGGAUGUCAUGAAGCACCCGGAAACGGAACUGGAGCUAUCAGCUCUUGCUCUUCAUUAUUUUCUUCAUAUUGCUGCGGAUCAUGCUGAACACCUCAGCAAUGCAGCAAGAAUGGUGUUUGAGGAUGAAAUCAUACCGAGUUUGCUCAACUACGAGCUAACUAAGGAACUGUUGAUUGAAACGUGUCAUUGCCGUCCCGAAGUUCUUCCGGAUGAGUCUGUCACCGUUCUGAAAGAUUGCAAGCCCCCACUGCUUUCUCGAAUUGCGAUUGCAAACUGCCUUUGCGUGUCGUCGCUGUUUGAGAACGUAUGCGCGACGAAUAUUUUGCGGGUAAUUUCGCACCAUUUUGUCCCAAUUACUGUGAAAUCCGGACAAACAUUUGCGACUGAAGAUGAUAUUGCUUCAGCUAUGUAUGUCAUUGCCACGGGUACUGUUCAACUUCACAAGAAGCGAAGGAUCUUAGCAGAAUUGGGAUUCGGCGCAUGUGUUGGGCAAGCUGCUCUAUUGCAAUAUUCUCUGUAUGCUGGAACCCACGUCUCCUCUGCAACUGCGCUGAAAGACUGCAUUCUACUCAGUAUAUCCCGUGAAGAUCUUGACGCCUUGAUAAAGGUAACACCGCAAGUGUCCCGAGGUGUACUGAAUGCCGUGGCAUCUUCUUUUCAACUGCUAUACUUCGAGCCACUUCGCGCUAUUGCUGAAUCAGGAAGUAUUCCUCAACCCAAUCAGAUAGUUCCAUCGACCGCGGAGGACGCGCAUUCAAACAGCAAAGUCGACCCGGUGCUCAAAAUAACCGAGUUUCUUUCGGCCAACAUGAAGGCGGCACUUUCAGUCGAUCGGGCGGCAAAAUCAUUUCUAUACAACGUGGGUCGAUCUCGUCGUGUGACACCGUUAGCGUUAGCAAGAGAGAGGAGAGGCAGACGCCAUAGCUUCAGCAAUUCACAAUCGAUGGAACGGAGUUUGAGCUCCGGUACGCUAGCAUUCAGAGGACUGCACGCUUUUUCAGAUCCUGUCGAAUAUACAACACUCGAGAAAUCGAUUCACUUGAAAUCAUCUCACUUGAUGAGAAACCUCGACGGCGAUAAGGUAUCGCUAGUCGCCCAGAUAUCUCGAGUUCUGGUAUUCAGUCACGGCGACGUGCUCUAUUCCAGCGGCACAAAGGUGGAUUGUGUAUACGUUAUCAUUAAUGGUACAAUGGAGAUCAUGAACUUCCAAAGCGACCCAAAUGCAGUCUCGGCAUCAAUUUCAAUCAAGCUCCAUGAUGGCGACUGUUUUGGAGAAGAGGCAUUCGUGACCAACGCAACUACACAGGGUGAAUGUUUAGCGGUCGGCCGGUGCACGCUUUUUGAGAUCACUGCCAAAGAGCUCGUUGACUUAAUGCCCCCCGCCGUAUUUUUGGAAGAUGAAGAAGAGGCCUCCGAAGACGCAACUGAGCUGAGAGUUCGAAAAGGCAAAUCGAGAUCGGAGUCGUAUUAG